AACUAAGUCGCUUACACGCUUGAAAAUAUUUACAUUGACAACAAUGGCUGACACAGACCCGCCAAAGAAACCAAAGCGGACAGUAAAGAAACUGCCACCUCUUACAGGUGAAACAGAGGAAGGAUCGGAAGUCAAGAAGGUUGUUAAAAAGAAGAAAAAGAAGCCAACUGAGGAAACAGCCAAUGGGACUACUCCUAAAAGCCCAGAAGGAACGCCUAGAAAGAAAAAGAAACCAGCUGCCAAACCAGAAACUGGUAAAGAAGAAAAUGGCGAGACCGCAUCUGCUAAACCUACACCUCGGAAGAAGAAAAAGAAACCCGUGGCGAAGAAAGAAGGUGAAGAAGGAGAACCUACGUCUGCACGAAGUCAGGGAGAGGAUGUUGCUGGAAGUAAAACCAGUCUUAUAUCUAAGGAACAGACAGGCACACCUAAAAAGAAAGUGAAGAAGAAGGUAAAGAAAACCACCCCAAGAAAACAAGAGGAUGAAUUCCUAGACUCCACGCUGGCAGCUGACCUGACUACAAUCCAGGAGGACAUCGUCUCCCCUCGUGAGAAAGCUGCAGACACAGCAAAGCAGGGAGAUGAGGAGGAGGAGGAAGAGGAGGAAGCAGAGCGACAUCCCUACUCCACUGAAUCAAACAUUCUGAAGAGUCAGCCCCUGGAUAAGCUUUUCAUAGAGACAGAUUCUGGAUUUAAAGGGCAGAACAAGGCCAAGCUGGUCAGGAAGUGGGCAGAGGCUGAAGCAAAUAAAGCCGACACAACACCACAGGUCAAACGUACAACCAUUGAGCUGGCCCUCAGUACCCACAAUGCAUUGAAGACAUUUCUGUUGUUUGUCCAUGGGAUAACAGCAGGUAUUUCUGUUUGGCACAUCACCAUGUCCUACAUCCUUCUCUUCUUCAACUAUAUAGACUUUUUGGAACAUUAUCGAAUCCUGGCUCUUCCAGUGCAGUGCAUGUUUUAUAUUCUACUGGUGCUGUGUACGGUGUCAGCAUGUGACAGGUUUGACGUCGGUAAUCCUAACAGAAGGUUUAUGCUCGAGUCGCUUACACUACAGACAGGAACCAUUUCAGUACUGAUCUACUUUGCAGCCUUGGUGAUAAGUCUGUGUACUGCCAAUCUGGAGGACAAGAUGAAUCUCUACACCACCAACACCACGUUGUCUGGCCUGUGGGACAAUCCAGGGGAAUCUACGUCAGACUUGGAUUUAUGGACGAGUUUGAACACAGCCAGAUGUGUACUGGCCAUCAUUGGUUGGUUCAUCAUCGCCAUCAACCCCAACACAGACCGACUUUACGAUAAUCUACGCAAAUCUGAUGAUAACAUUCUCGGUGGAAAUUCCAUGCAGUUGGCUUCAAGUCGUGCAUAGCUUUGUUCAAUCUGUAAACUUUGUUCAUUCUGUAAACUUUGUUCAGAGAGACUUGAGGAACAGGUACUAGUGGUGGUACUUUGUAUAGUGCCUAUAGAAAACUGGUUAGCUAGUUGGGCUUUUAAAGAGAUUGAACAGGCUACAGAAACACUGACCACUUAAAGAGAUUGAACAGGCUACAGAAACACUGACGACUUAAAGAGAUUGGACAUACUUCAGAUACACUGACAACUAAAAGAGAUUGAACAGACUUCAGAUACACUGACAACUAAAAGAGUUUGAACAGACUUCAGAAACACUGACAACUAAAAGAGUUUGAACAGACUUCAGAAACACUGACAACUAAAAGAGUUUAAACAAACUUCA